AUGACAUCCUUGUCGUUAUUCUUCGUAACUCUAACUGUUACUCUCAUUACUGUUGCUGCUGAUACCUCAUACUUUAAUAAGGAGAGUCAUAGGCCAGUAGCAGUCUUUACUGAUAGCUGGGCUGUUGAGGUUCAUGGUGGAAUUGAAGCUGCUAAUGAGAUUGCAGAGAGACAUGGCUUCACUAACAUGGGAAGAGUUGGUGCUUUUGCUAAUAUUUAUCAUUUUAAAAUGAGCUCUAAUUUUGAGAAUGUUAAAUCUGGAACUGAAUUAAAGUACAGGACAACUGCUCUCAAGUCAGAAAUAAAGGUAGGAUAUGUACAGCAGCAGAGUUUACAUGAGUGGGAAAAGAAAUAUUUUCAACCAACAAGUCAGACAGAUCCACUGUGGGGUAGACAGUGGACAGUUAACAAUACUGGUCAAACCAGGGAGCCAAACCUUUACCUUGAUCUGAAUGCGGAACCAGCAUGGAUACAAGGAUAUACUGGAAAUGGAAUAUUAGUUGGUGUCGUGGAUGAUGGAGUGCAACACACUCACAACGAUCUGAGGAAUAACUAUGUAUCAACAUACAGUUAUGAUUUUAAUGAUAAUGAUCGCAACCCAUCUCCUGUUGGAACAGAUUCUCAUGGAACUGCUUGUGCUGGUGAAAUUGUCAUGAGACGUGAUAAUAAUGUUUGUGGAGUAGGUGUAGCUUAUGAUGCCUCUAUGGCAGGUCUUCGUUUAUUGGGGAGACGUACAACAGAUUCAACUGAUGCAUCUGCUCUCAGUUAUUCUCGUAACAAUAUUGAUAUUUAUAGUAACAGUUGGGGACCGCCUGAUACUAGUGUCUUAGUUGAUGGACCGAAAUACCUAGCAUCACUGUGUCAUUCAGACUGUGCUCGUACUAAAGGUUGUGCUGCUGCUGGUCCUCAGUAUUGUGAUGCUUGUAGAAGCACUCUGCUGCGUAAUGCUACCUCACUGGAAUGUAUCCAACCUUCUGAGUGUCGCUCACCUAAUGAAAUUGCAAGUGGCUACUGCUAUUUGCCUUCUGAGUCUUCAGGAUGGAAAGUCAUUGGAAAUAGUUUCCUCCUUUUUAUUUUGAUAAUAGUUGCCUUUAAUAUGUAA